AUGCCCGGGCAGAGCCUGGAGGAUUUCUCUCUGGCUCAUUCGGAAGACAAUGAGAUCAGCAUCAACGUCGGAGGCUUUAAGAAAAAGAUGCGAUCCAACACCCUACUAAGAUUUCCCGAAACCAGGCUGGGCAAACUGCUGAGCUGCCACUCAAAGGAGUCGAUAUUAGAGCUCUGUGACGAUUAUGACGAUGCCAAGAACGAGUUUUACUUUGACCGGAACCCCGAACUUUUCCCCUACGUGUUACAUUUUUACAACACCGGCAAGCUCCACGUGAUGGGCGAACUCUGCGUGUUCUCCUUCAGCCAGGAGAUUGAAUACUGGGGAAUCAAUGAGUUCUUCAUUGACUCGUGCUGCAGCUACAGUUACCAUGGGAGGAAAAUGGAGCCGGAUCAAGAGAAAUGGGAAGAGCAAAGUGACCGGGAAAGCACCUCGUCUUCGUUUGAUGAAAUCUUGGCCUUUUACAAUGAUGCCGCCAAGUUUGACAAACAACCCUUUGGAAACGUCAGGAGGCAGCUCUGGCUAGCUCUGGACAAUCCCGGCUACUCUGUCUUGAGCCGAAUAUUUAGCGUCCUGUCAAUAGUGGUUGUUCUUGGUUCCAUUGUGACCAUGUGCCUGAACAGCCUCCCGGACUUCCAGCUGGUUGACAGCUACGGGAAGGCCGAGGAAGAUCCUCGGUUUGAAAUCGUGGAACAUUUUGGCAUUGCAUGGUUCACAUUUGAGCUGAUGGCAAGAUUUGCAGUGGCUCCUGACUUCUUGAAGUUUUUCAAGCAUGCCCUAAAUCUGAUUGACCUCAUGUCCAUCCUGCCAUUUUACAUUACCUUAAUUGUUAACUUGGUUGUGGAAAGUAGCCCGGCUUUAGCAAAUUUAGGUAGAGUAGCCCAAGUCCUAAGACUAAUGAGAAUCUUUCGCAUCUUAAAACUUGCUCGACAUUCCACUGGCCUCAGGUCUCUUGGGGCCACUUUGAAGUAUAGCUACAGGGAGGUAGGGCUUCUCUUACUAUACCUCUCUGUUGGGAUCUCCAUAUUCUCGGUAGUGGCUUAUACCAUUGAAAAAGAAGAAAACGAGGGCUUAGCCACCAUCCCCGCUUGCUGGUGGUGGGCUACAGUUAGCAUGACCACAGUUGGCUAUGGAGAUGUUGUCCCAGGGACCACUGCUGGCAAACUGACGGCGUCUGCAUGCAUCCUAGCUGGUAUCUUGGUGGUAGUGCUUCCCAUAACGCUCAUCUUCAAUAAAUUCUCUCACUUUUAUAGGCGUCAGAAGCAGCUAGAAAGUGCCAUGAGGAGCUGUGAUUUUGGUGAUGGAAUGAAAGAGGUUCCAUCAGUCAAUUUAAGGGACUAUUAUGCUUAUAAAGUUAAAUCCCUUAUGGCCAGUUUUACCAAUCUGAGCAGGAGUACUCCCAGCGAACUAAGCCUAAAUGAUUCACUGCAUUAG